AUGAUAUUCUCUUCCAUUCCCACCACAUGGCCCACAGCAGUCCUCACACUCCUAGCCACCUCUCUCCUGCUACGCAUCCUCUACAGAUUACUUUUUCAUCCCCUCAAGUCCUUCCCAGGCCCAUGGACUCACAAAGUAACCGACCUUCCCAGUGCAUGGAAAUUAUCCAACGGAGAACAACAUUCUCAUUACCACCGCCUGGCCCAAAAAUACGGUUCUGUCGUCCGAGUCGCUCCCAAUGAACUCCUCUUCACAGGACCAGAUGCAUGGGAGGAUAUUUAUGGGUAUCGUAAAGGCAAAGUCAUGGAAAAAAGUCCCAUUUUCAUCGGUGUCGCUUCUCCCAUGAAUGGCUACGUCGGAGUGGGACUUGCGCGAGGCAAAGAACAUACUCGACAACGAAAAGCUCUGGCGCCGGCACUUUCGAAAAAUGCUCUUUAUGGUCAAGAAGAGAUUAUUCAAAGACAUAUUUCUGCGUUGUUGGCGGCGCUGAGGAGGAAAAUUGAGGGGGGGGAGGUUGCUAAUAUGUCGGAUUAUUAUUCAUUCAUCACAUUCGAUGUCAUUGGAGAAUUGUCCUAUGGCGAGCCAUUUGGUUGUCUCGCUCAAGGCUCGGCGACGGAAUGGGCCAAAUCUAUCAUUCAUGUGACGGUGUUUGCCACAUAUGAUCAAGCCAUUCGAAGAGUUGCCGGCGUCGAUACCUGGUUGAGAAGUUUGUUGGUCAAAGCAUUCAUGCCUGCUGAAGUGGCCAAAUGGAGGACUUUGCAUGUGGUGAAAUCAAAGGAAAAGACUUUGGAACGCCUAGCAAAUAAAUCCUCCCCCAACAAAGAUGUAAUCCACCACCUCCUCUCCAACGAAGAUUCCGCAAAAUCCCUCUCUCCCACCGAAAUCAUCCUCAACAUGAUCCUCUUCGCAAGCGCCGGCUCCGAAACAACCUCCAUCACCCUCUCCGCCUGGACCUAUCUGAUCCUCACCCACCCCCCCGUCUAUCGCCGUCUCAUAGCCGAAAUCCGCUCCGUCUGCUCCUCCCCCGAAUCCAUCACCGUCGACACCGUCAUGUCCUCUCUCCCCUACCUCGGCGCAACUCUCCACGAAGCUCUCCGACUCUUCCCUCCCGGCGCAGUCGCUAUGCAGCGAGUCGUUCCCGCCGGCGGGGCAGUGAUUGAUGGACAUUAUGUCCCUGCGGGCACGACGGUGGCGAUAUCUCCUUGGGUAGCAGGUCGAUCUUCAAAGAAUUUUUUUGCACCGGAUAGGUUUUGUCCUGAGAGGUGGUUGAAGGGGGAGAAUGAGGUGUUUGAGAAUGAUCGGUUGAGCGCUUCGAAGCCGUUUGGACAUGGGCCGAAGAAGUGUAUUGGAGAGGAUUUGUCGUUUUUGGAGGCGAGGUUGAUUUUGAGCCAUUUGUUGUGGGCGUUUGAGAUGGAGUUGUGUGGAGAGGAGGAGUAUCGGAGGGAUAAUGAAAAGUGGUGUUUGGAUUCUACGCCCGAGACGAUUCGUUUGUAUCAGGUGUUGUUGAAGCCGAAUUUGUGGGUGCGGUUUCGGGAGAGGGAGGCGUUGUGA